GCUUAACCCACUGAGCCACCCAGGCGCCCCAUAAAUUAGCUUUUUUAUAAAAUUUAGAGGAUUUAGUAUAGAGCUUCCAAUUUUACUUCCACUUCUGUUGAUUUUUGCUUCCAACUGUCAAAAUCACUGAUGACACAGGUAAUGGAGAAGUUUUCUGCGGGAACCGGAAACGAUCCCUGUUGUCCACCUGCUUCACUUCAGGGCAGCCUAACAUACCUUCUCUUGCUCUUCUGUUCUGGCCCUGUAUGCAGUCUUUUUUCUUCUUCCUGACAAGCACAUUAGUACCAAAGUGAGUAAUGCUUCAGGCCAUGCACAUUUGAAGAACAACACCAUAAUGUUUCCAGCUGUGCGUGAACUCUUUUACGUCUGAACGACCUAUGGAAUGAGAUGUCAUUUGAUAGAGGAUUUCCGGACAUCUCAAAUAUUUUCAUCCCCAUGGCGCAGCCUGAGCUUUUUAGAGUUAAAAUAACGUCUGUCCGCCGCGUUUACCCACGAGCAAAGCGCCUCCCGCUCGGACGCAGGAGCACCACUAGCAUCCCCGGGCUGCCACCUGGACCGUCCUCUGGUCGAACGCUGUGAGCGCCCUUUGCAGCUACUACAUUUCCCAGAACGUCCCGCGAUGGGAGGCCUCAGUCAUGAGCCAAUGAGGGACCAAGGUUCGGGAGCUCCGGGGCUGGGUCGUGGUGGCGCGACCAGAGGACGGGCGGGAGGAGGCGCUGUCCCCGCCGCACAGACUUGGGUCCGCUAUUCAGCGACGGCACAGGGGACAGCUGGUCCCCUCCACCCACGGAGUCCGAUGGCGGCGGCCGCGCCCAGAGACCACGCGCAGGGUGGCCUGACCUUUGAGGAUGUUGCCGUGUACUUCUCCCAGGAGGAAUGGCAUCUCCUUAAUGAGGCUCAGAGACGGCUGUACCGCGAAGUGAUGCUGGAGAACUUUACACUUCUAUCCUCACUGGGUUGCUCCUGUCGAGCAGAGGCUGCGGAGGCACCCUUUGAACAGAGCAUUUCUGUAGGUGUGUCACAGGCCAGGACUCCGAAGGAACCUCGGUCUUCCCAGAAGACCCACCCCUGUGAGAUGUGUUCUUUAGUCUUGAGAGAGAUUUUCCACUUGGUUGGGCACCAGGGAAAACAGAACAACCAGAAACUCUUCAAGUAUGGGGCACGUGUGAAGCAAAUUUAUCCUAGUGCAAACCUUCAACAGCAUGAGAAGCAAGCCAUGGGAGAAAAACCCAUCAGAAGCAGUGUGGAUAGGGCUUCACUUGUGAAGAGCAGCAAUCUCCAUGAUUCGGGAAAGCCCUUAACGUAUGAGGAGGUUGAAAAGGACUUCCUGGCCACCUCAGAGCAUCAACAACAACAGACCACUCAUACUGGGGAGAAUAAAAUCACUGAGCGUGGGGUGACUUCUCAGAGCAUGAAAAGUCAUCGCACCUGGGAAGAAUGCAAGAAAGCUAUUGGUCCCAAACACACACUUGUUCAGGACCAGGGUGUCCACGCUGGAAGACAGUGUCUCGUGUGCCCUGAAUGUGGAAAAACAUUCAGGUACAAAUCCUCACUUAUAAUUCAUCAGAGAGUCCAUACUUCUGACAGGCUUCAUGUGUGUCGUGACUGUGGAAAAUCCUUUAGGGGAAGCUCAACCCUCAGUCAGCAUCGAAGAAUUCAUGCUGGGCCAAGGCAGUGCAAAUGUAGCAAAUGUGGGAAAUCCUUUAGCCAAAAAUUUGUCCUUGUUCAUCCUCAGAGAAGUCAAACUGAUGAAAAUUGUUACGUGUGCCGUGUAUGUGCUCAGACUUUUAGCCAGAGCUCCAUCCUUACUCAACAACGUACAGUUCAUACUGGAGAAAUGAGUUAUGAGUGCACUGAAUGUGGGAAAUCUUUUAGACGAAAAUCUGAUCUCAUUGAACACUGGAGAGUACACACAGGAGAAAGGCCUUAUGAAUGUAGUGAAUGUGGAAAAUCUUUUACUUCUAGCUCUGCGCUCCGUUACCAUCAGAGAAUUCACACUGGAGAAAAACCUUAUAAAUGCAGUGAAUGUGGAAAGUCUUUUACCUCUAGCUCUGGCCUCCGUUAUCAUCAGAGAAUUCACACAGGAGAAAGACCAUAUGAGUGUAAUGAUUGUGGGAAAUCUUUUACCCAAAUAAAUCACCUUAUUAUACACCGAAGAGUUCACACAGGAGAAAGGCCUUAUGAAUGCAGUGAAUGUGGGAAAUCUUUUAGCCACAAAUCUUACCUCUCUCAGCAUCAGAGAGUUCACACGGGAGAAAGGCCUUAUGAAUGCAGUGAAUGUGGAAAAUCUUUUACCUCCGGCUCUGCCCUCUGUUAUCAUCAGAGAGUUCACACUGGAGAAAAACCUUAUGAGUGUAGCGAAUGUGGGAAAUCUUUUACCAAUGGACCAAUACUAAUUCGACACCGUAGAGUUCACACAGGAGAAAGGCCUUAUGAGUGUAGUGAAUGCGGGAAAUCCUUUACCCAAAGAAAUCACCUCAAUAUACACCAGAGAGUGCACACAGGAGAAAGGCCUUAUGAGUGCAGUGAGUGUGGAAAAUCCUUUACAUCUGGCUCUGCCCUCCGUUAUCAUCAGAAAGUGCACAUUGGAGAAAGGCCUUAUGAGUGCAGAGAAUGUGAGAAGUCUUUUACCUCUACCUCUGCCCUCCGUUGUCAUCAGAGAGUUCACACAGGAGAAAGGCCUUUUGACUGCAAUGAAUGUGGGAAAUCUUUUAGGGAUAGUUCCCAGCUGAGUCAACACCAGAGAGUUCACACUGGAGAAAAGCCUUAUGAAUGUAGUGAUUGUGGGAGAUCCUUUAGUCAGAAUUCAUACCUCUCUAAACACCGGAGAGUUCACACUGGAGAAAGGCCUUAUGAGUGCAGUGAGUGUGGGAAAUCUUUUACUUCUGUCUCUGCCCUCGGUUAUCAUCAGAGAGUUCACACUGGAGAAAGGCCUUAUGAGUGUAGUGAAUGUGGGAAAUCUUUUACCAAUAGCUCCAUACUGAUUCGACAUCGCAGAGUUCACACAGGCGAAAGGCCACACGAGUGCAGCGAAUGUGGGAAGUCCUUCACCCAAAGAAUUCACCUCAUUAUUCACCGGAGAGUUCACACAGGAGAAAGGCCUUUUGAGUGCAGUGAGUGUGGGAAAUCUUUUACCUCUCGUUCCACCCUACAUUAUCAUCAGAGAGUUCACACAGGAGAGAGGCCUUAUGACUGCAGUGAAUGUGGGAAAUCUUUUAGCCGAAAAUCUAAUCUUUCUCAGCAUCGGAGAGUUCACACCGGCGAAAGGGCUUAGAUGGGUAGGAAAUGUAGUUUCCUUGUUCAGUGUAAUGAUACGAGAGGAAACCCUUUGUGAGGCACCAUUUGUCUGAAUUCAGUCUUCUACAUCCAAGUGCCAAUAGCAGAGAGAUUUCCCUUAAGUUUCAGUUACGUGGAAGCACGUGUGCCUAUGUGGCCUAUGUUGCAUUUUCUAAACUGCCCAGGGCUCUUUCCAGAAUUAUGUCGCUGCCAGUUUGUGGCCAAAACUGUGUACUUCAACCACCUGGCAAGUCUCCACAACGUGCAUCAGUCAUCACCCCACUGUGCUCAGGGAAGCUGACCUCUGUUCUCAUUUGUUGGAGGAAAUUAGGAGUAACCUGAGUCCUUAGGGGGACCUUGACUUUUUUCUGACUAACUGGCAUGGACCCGACCCGCAUAGUCCUAGAGAACACCGUAUGAGUGUAGCUGACAGAAAAGGACCACCCUUUGCAGGGACAUGGUCUCUUGAGAUCUUCGUGAUUAAUUUUUCCAGCUUCCAAGUCACUUAACUCAAGAACUGCUAGCUCCUCUUGCUUUGGCUUGUGCAAUAACAAGUCCUUGCUGUUUAAGUCCUCUUUGAUCUUGGCUGUUCUACUUACCAUGUAUAGUGGUUUAUAAACAUUUUGAAGUCUGCAAGCAUGAAGGGGUGGACAGCUUUCAUUGGGGUGGGUCUCAAACUUUCUGUGCCUCAAGGGGACAGUAACAGUGGCAGAAAUAGCUUACCAGUUUUUGCCAAAUUUGUACUGCCCGUGGCCUCCUAGGAAAGACUGCAGGGUUUUCUGGUCCUCAUUUGAGACACGAUGUUGUGAGUUUGGGGAAUCUCAGAGGUCACGCCGAGGAGGAUCAGGUGUGAGAACCUCAUGUGCUUCUGGGAGCAGCAUGAAUUUUUUCCUUUGUUCACAGAGGAUAUCACGGGGAAUGUCAGCACUGUUGCGGGGAACCUCUUCCCCAGGUCCUGCAAAGAGCCAUGUGCCCUGACAUCCCGGUUUCUGUAGGUGAUAGUCAUUGGUUGUAUGGCUGUAAGGUUGAGGGGAAACUGAACUGCUGCAAUAACAUUGGCUUCAUAGGGAUGGGAGGAGGCCACAGCUGACCAGAUGGAGUGUGCCUCCUCUAAAAGCGUGCCCGCAAACACAUCUAUGCCAGGGACCGCAGAGCUGGUGUGCGUGCCAGUCCGUGGACCUCCAGGUGUAGUUACCUUGUGUAGCUUAUGUCAUGGUCAUUGGAAGUAAUGGAAAGGUUUUUUGGAUUCCUAUAACCUCUCAGCGAUGUUCACCUCAAGACCAUUGCUGCAUAGGCAGUAAACAGAUCGAGAAAAGGGGGAUCUGUAGUCCAGGGAUGUGGCUUUUGUGACCCAGCCAACAGUCCUUUAGACGCUGGUUGGAACCCCUUCAUUGGUCACUACAUUUGCUUUCACUGAGCAAAACUGGCCUCCACGGGGCAAGAAUGUGCAGUGAAUGUAGGGUUGCAAAACCUGUUUUCCAAAAAGAGUUGGGCAGAUUUUUUAUUUUGAAUCAUUUUUCAAAAGCUUUAUUAAGGUAUAAUUUACAUGUAAUAAACUGUAUAUACUGGAAAUGUAAGUUUUGACAUACUUACGAACCUGGAACAUCACAGUCACGGUAGUGAUCAUGUGUCAUUGCAUAUUUACCUCGUGUCUUUUCAUAAUCUCUCUACCUGCCUUCCCAGCCCUCCCGAGUCAUCAUUGAUUUGCUUUCCGUUAUAAUAGAAAACUUAAUUUUCUAUAAUUUUAUAUAGUAGGAGUCAAAGUUUUUUUUCCUACUUUUAUGUUGCAUAAAGAAUUGUAGAUGCAUCAGUGAUAUAUAAGUAACUUGUUUCUUUGUUUUUGUUUUUUGGCUGAGAAAUAUUCUUAUCUUUGAGGAUAGCACUAUUAGUUUACCCAUUAGUUUAUGGACAUUUGGGUAUUUCUAAUUUUUGCCUAUGGAAAAUAAAGUUGAUACAAACAUUUGUGUGUAAUUAUAUUGAUAUGUGUUUCACUUACCUUUUGUCAGUAACUCAGAGUAGAAAGUCUCAGUCUUAGGGUAGAUAAAUGUUUAACUUAAAGAAAUUAGCAAACUGUGACCUAAUUUAUUAUACCUUUUUGUAUUCUUACCAGCAGUGGGUAUGAGAGUUGCGUUUCCUUCAUGUCUUAGUGAAUGGUUUAGUUUUGGUCAGUUCUUAAUUUUAACUCUUUUAUAAGUGUGUAGUGCUGUUUAGUGUUUUAACUGAAUUUUGCUAAGGAGUCAUGAUGAGCCUUUUUUUUCAGAUGUGCGUUUGCUAUCUAUAUUUUUGCUAAAAUGUCUCUUCGUAUCUUCUGCCUAUUCUGUGAAUUUUGAUUCUCUUUUUAUAAAAGGAUGUGAAACAACAAAGAUGUAUGUUGGGAUUUCACUCAUUUUGUGGCUUUUUUACUUUGUGGAAUCAUUUUUAAUACUGGAAGUAUAUGUUCUCAUUGUUUUCAGUUUUUUUAUGCUAUGCAUAAUGUAAUGGACACAUACACACUUUUAAUUUUAAUCUACAUUAUUGACUUCUUCUUUGCUUUCUAAGGUCCAGACAUUUAAUAAUACAAUAAACCCUCGCUUUGUAGUGUG